CAAGAAGCAAAAGGCACCGUCACUCCUCCCUACCAUCACAUCUGUCCGAGCAUCAUGGAGGUCGACCUCGCGCCUUCGGCAGCGGGGGUGUCACACCAGAUGGUGCAGGACGGGUCGUCGGCUGGUUUGACACCAGUCUCGGCUCCAUCCACCGUCGAGAGGCUCCCUGCCGCCCACUCAGCAGCAUUUCUGUCACGGUCAGGCGAGGAGGCACCACCUCUGCCAUCCGUAGAGCCAGGGUCCGACACGCCGCUAGACUCACAUACCCCUAAGUCAUCAACCCCAGCCCCCGAAAUGAAGAGGGAGAGGGAACGGCGAGUGAUGCCAGUCAGGCUGCGACGAGUCUCGAAUCUGUUGGCCGGAAGUAAGCUCGAUGAUGACCUGCCAGGCUCCUCAUCUAAGCUCGAGGGCUACGUGCUGCCUGCAACGGCGACCAUCUUUCUGACGACCGAUGAAACUGUGGACACGGUACCUUACGAGAACCCUCUCCUGGACCAGGAUGGCGCGUUGAGCCUCUUUGCCGACCCGGAGAUGGCCAAGGCCUGCAGAGAGCGUCAGCUCAUCGAGACGCCCGAGUUCAAAGCAAGGGACGAUACGGAGCUGAUGGGCAAGACGCGGUCCAUUAGAUCUCAGGAGGAUACGUCGGACGCUGCGUACGAAAGGAGGCACCGACGGCAUGAUAACCUGGAGAAGAAGCAGCGCAAACUCGAGAAGGAGGGGCUUGUCAGGGACCGAGCCAAGGUCGAAAGACGCGUCAAGGAACUCAGGGAUGCCGAUCCGCGCUCACUGAUGUGGCUUCUCGAAGCCCGAGAGAAGCAACGACAGGGCGAUGCUGCUCCGAUGCCAGCCUCCGACACUUCAGCAGCCGAAGGCGCUGCCGCUCGAGGCAAGGUCGAGGAUGCCGGGGCACUAAUGGCCAAAUUGGAGCGCGUCAGGGCUGAGCUUCUCGAGGAAGCAAACGAGCUGCUCAAGAGGUACGAUGCUCUCUUGCCAAAUGUGAACGAAAAUCCGGUCCCUGGACGAGGCGAAAAGAGGAGAAGGGUACAAGGCGAGGAGGGGAGCGGCGCCGACGACAGCGAUCAUGGACGACCGGCGCAUACAGGCCGCAAAUCACUCGUCUCCCUGGGUAAGAGGCCAGAGAAGCACGACCAAGGACCGGUGUCCAAGGUCAAGUCAGCUUCUGCAUCCGCCCAGGUGCGUCGAAGCGUUUCUGCAUCCUCGCCCUCUGCCUCUGGACCCGACCGUGCCAAUCUGCCACAUUCUCGCUACCUACAUUCUCCGGCAUCGCCUGUCGCUGGUGCUGAAAAGGGAAAGGCGAUCGCAAAGAAGGGCCGGUCAUCUUCUGCUGGAGCAUCGCCCAAGAUUCGGCAACAUUUCAAGCCCGAGGACGGCAGGGUUCGCGCGGAGACGACGUACGCCAACAUCCACGCGCGUACGUCUGGAGGUCGCUUUGCGCCCAAGAGCGCACUGGUGCCUGGCGCAGAGGGAGCCGCGCCCACCGCACCAGCAGCGAAGCGCGGGCCACGCAAAAGCAAGGAUGGCCAAACGCCUACGGCAAGAGGCUCGGCGAGGCGCAAGUCGAUGGAGGCGAUGAAGAAGGCAGCAGCAGAGCCCAAAAAGAAGCUCCAGAAAGUCAAGCUGAUUUUCAACAGACGGGGCAACAGGGGACAAGAAGAGGGUGUCAAGCUGGAGGAUGACGAGGACGAGGAGGACAACACUGUUGCUGGUCCGUCGUCGGCAGCUUCAGUCAACGCUCAACCGCCUGCCCUCACGCUGGAAGAGGCGCAGGCUCUCUUUGCGCAAGACAUGAGCGACGACGAAGACGCAGACGCCGAUGCCGACGGUGAAGACGACAUGGGCAUCAAGAAGAGCGAGGAUCUUUGAUGUGCUUUCAUUCUCUCCUCGAAUUCUCUUCGUCCCCCGUCCUCUCUCUUUCGCUCAUGUGCUUCCCCUCUGUCCUGUCCUUUCUCAGUCUGUCAUGAGCAUCGGAACACACGAUGGAAAAUAUUUAUAGCGAAUGUCGCUAUCUCAUGGUCUACAUGCGCGUUCGCCUUGGCUUUAGCUGAGCCCGUUGGCCAGCCUCGUCCUUGGCAAGGUCGAGCUCGGUCCAGUGAGGGAAGAGAUACGGAAGCUUUGACGGGUCGAGGUGGGGCCAGCGGUCCUUGAUGGCACCCAUGACUGCCUCAUAGACGACGACGUAG